GUGGGGGUGGCGCCGCGGCCGCUGCUUUUCUGUUUGUGUUGGAAGCUCAGCUGAUGCGGGCCGGCCGGAGUGGACGUCCUCGCCGGGAAGAGGCGCGUCGCCACUGCCGCCCAAGUAGUUGCGGCCUGCAUCCCGGUAAGACCAUGAAUUAUGGCAUUUCUUAAAUGAAGCAUUCAGGAAUGAAGUGAAAAUCAUAACAUAUAGAAAAUAAAUGAUUUGUAAGUUAUGUCUAUUAAUUUGACUACAGAUAUAUAUUAUAUUUACCUCCUUAGUAAUGCAAGAAGUCUUUGUGGGAAGCAGAGAAGCAAACAACUGCAUUUCUUGUGCUCACCUAAACAUUACUGGAGGAUAAGCCACGUCAGUCUACAAAGAGGUUUUCAUACAAGCAAAAUAAGAUGUAAAUGGACCAAAAGUGAAGCACAUUCUUGCAGCAAGCACUGUUCCUCUCCAAGCCACCAUGGUUUACACAUUGGGAUUUUGAAACUUAGCACUUCUGCCCCCAAGGGACUAACAAAAGUGAGCAUUCGUAUGUCCCGUAUUAAAAGUACUUUGAACUCUGUUUCAAAGGCUGUUUUUGGCACUCAGAAUGAAAUGAUCUCACGUUUAGCUCAAUUUAAGCCAAGUUCUCGAAUAUUAAGAAAAGUAUCGGAUGGUGGCUGGUUAAAACAGAAAAACAUUAAACAAGCCAUCAAAUCUCUGAAAAAGUAUAGCAACAAAUCAGAAGAUACUUCUUUUUCGGAAAAGGAAAGUCGUGUUCUAGAUGAAGAUCUAGGUAAACAAAGCCUGUUUCGUUACACGCGUAGUAUAACCACAAAAUUUGGAGAGUCGUUCUACUUUUUAUCAAGUCAUAUUAAUUCAUACUUCAAACGUGAGGAAAGAAUGCCUCAAAAAAAAGAAAGUAAACAUUUCCAGGACAAAUCGGAACUUGAAGAUACAAAGGUUGAAGAAGGGAAAUCUAGCUCUCCAGAUCCUGGCUCCCUGAGGGAUAAGCUAGAUUCAGAAUCUUCCUUAUGUUCUGAGGACAAGCCUGCAAGUCCCGGUGGCACACCCGAGGCACUUCCAGUUUCUACUAAACAAAGUAUUGCUAACUUUCUUUCUCGUCCCACUGAAGGUGUACAAGCUUUAGUAGGUGGUUAUAUUGGUGGACUUGUCCCCAAAUUGAAGUAUGAUUCGAAGAGUCAGCCGGAAGAACAGGAGGAGGCUGUUAAAGCCGAGCAACCUGUCAGCAAAGACAAAAAUGCAGAGGAGAAAAAGCGGUUAUCUCUUCAGCGAGAAAAGAUUAUUGCAAGAGUGAGUAUUGAUAACAGAACCCGGGCAUUAGUCCAAGCAUUGAGAAGAACAGCUGACCCAAAGCUCUGCAUUAACAGGGUUGAAGAACUGACUUUUCAUCUCCUAGAAUUUCCUGAGGGAAAAGGAGUGGCUGUCAAGGAAAAAAUUAUUCCAUAUUUAUUACGAUUGAGACAAAUUAAGGAUGAAACUCUUCAGGCUGCAGUUAGAGAAAUUUUGGCCUUAAUUGGCUACGUGGAUCCAGUGAAAGGAAGAGGAAUCCGAAUUCUCACAAUUGAUGGUGGAGGGACAAGGGGUGUGGUUGCUCUUCAGACACUGCGAAAAUUGGUUGAACUUACUCAGAAGCCAGUUCAUCAGCUCUUUGAUUACAUUUGUGGUGUGAGCACAGGUGCUAUAUUAGCAUUCAUGUUGGGAUUGUUUCAUAUGCCCUUGGAUGAAUGUGAAGAACUGUACCGAAAAUUAGGAUCUGAUGUGUUUUCACAAAAUGUCAUUGUUGGAACAGUCAAAAUGAGUUGGAGCCAUGCAUUUUAUGACAGUCAAACCUGGGAAAAUAUUCUUAAGGAUAGAAUGGGAUCCUCACUAAUGAUUGAAACAGCAAGAAACCCUACGUGUCCUAAGGUAGCUGCAGUAAGUACCAUAGUGAACAGAGGGAUAACGCCCAAGGCUUUUGUGUUCAGAAACUAUGGUCACUUCCCUGGCAUCAACUCUCACUACCUGGGAGGCUGUCAGUACAAAAUGUGGCAGGCCAUCAGAGCCUCGUCUGCUGCGCCCGGCUACUUUGCGGAGUACGCACUGGGAAACGAUCUUCACCAAGUCGGCACACUCGAGGCUGGCACGCCUUUCGGCCUGGCGUGGCGUAGACGGACAUCCGAGUUUCUGCUGGAUGAACAGAGGCGGCGUACUCGGUGGCACAGAAGGUUUACUUCUCCCGGUCUUAACUGGCACUUUGAUCCGUUUAAGAUUCUCAUCGUUUGUGUGUAUUCUCUGCCAUGCUGUUUUGGAUUUCGGAAUGACUUAACUGUGUUCCUAACACGCACGCUGAAAAUUAGGCCUGUGGGAUCUGUAAUAAAGGUAAGCACGAUGCUGGCGUGUGUGCUUCAGUCACACAUGUCCCUCUUCCUUAGUCUAGAUGAGGGAGGGAAGCUUCCCCCUCCUUAGGACACCUCCUGCCAGUCAGGUGACAAAUGACAGAACCCAGUCUCCCCCUUUUUUGGGUCCCAGACCUGAGGCCGUCCACAGGCCAGCUUUCUGCAGUCUGUAGGUUUCAGCGACAGUCCAAACUCGAGCCUCUAUCAGCCACAAAGGGACUUUCUGAAAACAGCCAAAGAGCUGAAAUGUGGUGGGCCUGCGAAUAAACGGGCCCCUGUUGACUGGAGAUGUCUUUUGAAAGAAUAGCCUUUUCUCAUGAAAGUCAACACGUGUGGAUACCUAAAACACAUUCUUUUGAAGAGAUGACGCUAGAGCGUGAUGGAGAUGAGCGCCUCGGGGGAAAGUCGAGAUCAGAUCCGAAGUGGCAGCAAACAACCCAUCCUGAAAUGGAGACCAAAACGAGCAGUGAAAACACGUGACCCAGCGGUUUUUCUGCGAAUCCACACAGCCCCGCGUAUGCCUGUUACCCCAGAGGAAUCCUGAGGCUACACCCUGGGGAUGAAUGACGUGGGCCGUAAUAAAGGACCGUUAGGCUCGCGUCGGCUGUUCCAUAACUAAAGAGCCAGUUACCUCUGGGACAUUUCUGUGCUGCUGCCUUCUAGAGUAAUCUCACCGACGCAGGGUGUUACUUGAGAUACGUGUUUUUGAAAAGUUGUUUUGGCAACGCUUAAAAUAAUGAAGAGUUGUCAUUAUCUGUGAUCUAUGAAAUAAAUCCUCCCCCUCCCCCUAAGAUAACGGAACAUAAAUUCACAAAAGGUAAGGUGCGUUUCUCUUUCGUGGUCCGUGAGAAAUUUUAGUGACACUGGUUACUUCGUUACCAAGGCAAAAUGCUGCAUGUUUUUAAUGGGGCCUUGAAGCUAGAGAACACUAGUGUUGGCAGUGGGGGAGGUGGGGGAGGUGAUUUUCCACAAGGAAAGGAAGCCACUUAGCAGAAGUCUCUGAUCCUUUGAGUCCCCAGUUUUGUAAAAAGACAGUCAAAUCACUACCUCACUGGAGCUUGGAUCGCCGCAUGUACUGCUUUUUACCUUUGUGAGAAACUUGCAGAUUUCCCCAGGGGGAAAGGCUGUCGGCAAACACUUCUUGAAGUUCUAGGGCCGGUACUAAAAUAAGUUGCCAUUGAGCCUAUACACUCAAUGUAGUACCUAAUCCUAAAAUUUUAGAAAUUAUCAAGUCACAUCUUAUUUUUAAAAGUCGUGAUGCCUCUGCCAAAGAGCUAGGAAGUAGAAGCAGCAAUAUUUCUGAUCUGUGUUUUCCCCCACAAUUCUGAAUCAUCAAGAGAAAAUUGAAGCACCAUCAUUAUAUUCUUUUUUGAAAAGCAUAUGGCUUAUUGCAGAAAGGGUUUUUAUUAAAUGCACACCCCUGUACACACACUCUUUCCUAAGGAGAACUUAGCCAUGCAAAGUGGCUCAUUUGCCUAAGAUCCUAGUUUGCCAUAAUUUUGCUGUAGUACACUAAAAAAGAAUUUUGAGGGGCUCCGACUUUGGCUCAGGUCAUGGUCUCACGGU